UUAAACAGGGCUAAAACGAUAAUAAUUAGCAGAAUAAAGACAUAUCGGAUUUUCAUUUCCUUUCCGCAGUUUCUCGACCGCUCCACAACCGAACUGAGAGGCUGCAGUCGAGACAUCUUUCACCGAUCGGACCCAAAGGAUAGCUUUCACACCGCUUGCCGUUUUCUAUGUUUCUUUUUUUUCAAUAAAGUUGGGAGGAUUAUACAUUUUUUCCCCUUUUUCCAUUUUUGUGUUAUCAUAUUUCGCAACUAUUGGAUGUGACUUUGUUUUCAAACCAAAAACAGGAGAAGAAAGGGAACGAACUGCGGGGGGUAGAAAGUCCCUGUCCGGCUGGAUGAGAUGAGAGCCCCAUGUAGAGGUCGCCAUGGCAACCUGUGACUCCCCUUCUAUGGUCCUGCGGCAGGAAAAUGGUCAGAAGCUGUUGUUGCUGCCAACAGGGCCGCGUGACGCAGAGAAGACCGAGAGAGACCGAACUGCAGUUGCCGCUGGGAUGGAUCCCAACUCUGACACCAAUCACACCGCCGCUGCACCAGAGCACAGCCCAGCUUCCCCCAAUAAUACCACAGACACCGGCAGCCCGCUGAAGACUGAGCAGCACAGCCGCAUAGAAAGCUUUACCGGAAACGGGACUGUUACCGGGACCGGGAUUAUUGUAUUGGGUUCGGACCAUGCCCACACUGCUGCUUCGCUGGUGGCCCCAGUGAAGGAGAUCCCCUGUAACGAAUGUUCCGCCUCCUUCUCCAGUUUACAGCAGUACAUGGAGCACCACUGCCCCAACACUCGUCUGCCUAACGCAGCAGGGCGGGAAGAGGAGGAGGAGGAGGGCGAGAGUGAGGGAGGGGAAGCCUGAUGUAGUGGCGGAGGUGUGUGAAAGAGACAGCGAGAUGGAGGAUGAGUUAGAAGAUAGUGACGUGGAGAACCUGUGCGGCGAGAUCGUCUACCAGCCCGACGGAUCUGCCUUCAUCCUGGAGGACUCCAAAGAGCAUCGCAGUGGUGCCUCCCAGGGGCUUCUGUCCCUCAAAACCUUCCCCCCCAGCCCCCACAAUCCCACCGCUGCCACCAAUAAUGCACAUAGCGGUUUGACGACCCAUGGGGGGGGAUCAGGACCAGACGGAGCUGCCUGCAACUGCACCCUUGUCCUUCUGCCCACAGGUCAUCAACACUUUCCACAUUGCGUCAUCCCUCGGGAAAGCAUUCCCGGGUGACCCAGUGGCAAAAUUGUCGUUCCCAAAUACCUCAGCAUUUGUAGGCGCUAGCGGCCCGGUGUUGCACAGUUUCCGCGUCUACGACCUUCGCCACAAGAACGACAAAGACUAUUUGACGGUCGACGGCGCAGCCAAAAACUCCUGUGUGUCCAAAGAUGUUCCCAACAAUGUGGACUUGUCCAAGUUCCAGAGUUGUGUGAGUGAUGGACAGAGGAAGCCAGUGCUCAUGUGUUUCCUCUGCAAGCUGUCGUUUGGCUACAGCCGGUCGUUUGUGACGCAUGCCGUCCACGACCACCGGAUGACGCUCAACGAGCAGGAGCAAAAGCUCCUAAGCAACAAGCACGUCUCUGCCAUCAUCCAGGGGAUUGGCAAGGACAAAGAACCCCUUAUAAGCUUUCUGGAACCAAAAAAACCCACCAACUCUGUGCUACCCCACUUCUCUACUGCCACUAGCUUCCUGGGUCCUGAUUCAGGGUUCCACGGCCUGUGGAACGCGUUCCAUGCUGAGAACACUGAUUCCCUCCAGGCCGGGUUUGCUUUCCUGAAAGGGAGCGCGAGCUCUAACCCCGCCAACCAAACCCCCAGAACCCCACCAAUGCCAAAGGCCGAGACCAAUCCAAAUCUCGGGGGUGUGACCGGAACCUCCCUCAGAACCCCCGCCAGUUCUGAUUCCCUUAUUCACUCAUCUCCCAUGGCGACUGACUUGGAGCGGGAUUUUCCCGAGAGCGACUGCGAGGGCUUUCCUCCAUGCACUUUGCAUCCCAACGGACCCGGGUCGGACCUGAACUCAUACCCACUGAUCAAACGUGAGCGGGCUGCAGAAGGAGGACAGAGUCCAGAAGAAGACAGGGACGACAUUUACUUCAAUGGAGGGGUGGAGAUCGAGACAGAGGAUGACGAACCGGCUGGCGACAGCACUAGUAGCAAAGAUUUCCCUAUUUUAAACCAAAGCAUUUGCCACCUGUCUAACAGCGUGCUGAAGUACAGCGGAAACAAAGGCCCCUUGUCCUCCUCUUCCUCCUCCCGUGAGGAGAUGGAGAAGAAUCAGAUAAACUCAGACCUAGCCAGAGAUAGAGAUAGCAGUAACGACUCAUCCAGUGAAGUCCUGGCUGGUCCAGAUGGCUCUUCCCCCUCCUCUCACCUGAUGAUGCCACGAGACGAAGAUAGUCCGGGACCCCUGCACCAGCAUGGGGGAAACCCUGGCACUCCUGGCACACCGGGUACCCCUGGACUGGGUGAGGGGUCCCCAGGCAGUUGCAUUGAGUGCCCUAAAUGUGACACGGUCCUAGGCUCCUCCCGAUCCUUAGGAGGGCACAUGACCAUGAUGCACUCUCGUAACUCCUGCAAGACACUAAAGUGUCCCAAGUGUAACUGGCACUACAAGUACCAGCAGACACUGGACGCCCACAUGAAGGAGAAGCACCCAGAGUCUGGAGGGUCCUGUGUGUACUGUCGUACUGGGCAAGCUCACCCACGCCUGGCCAGGGGAGAGAGUUAUACAUGUGGAUACAAGCCGUUCCGCUGCGAGGUGUGUAACUAUUCCACCACGACCAAGGGCAACCUGAGCAUCCACAUGCAGUCGGACAAGCACCUGAACAACGUUCAGACCCUGCAGAACGGGGGCACUGAACCACAGUACACCCACACUCACACCCACAGCCACAGCCACACCCACUCCCCCUGCCAUAGCCAUGCCAAGCCCGUGCCCAGCGGCAGCCUGGCGGGGGGCUGUGGUACCCCCUCGCCGUCCAAGCCCAAACAGAAGCCCAUGUGGCGUUGUGAGGUGUGUGACUAUGAGACCAACGUGGCGAGGAACCUACGCAUCCACAUGACCAGCGAGAAACACAUGCACAACAUGAUGCUGCUGCAACAGAACAUGAAGCAGAUUCAACACGGUCUGCACCUGGGUCUGGCCCCGGCCGAGGCUGAGCUCUACCAGUACUACCUGGCUCAGAACAUCGGCCUGACCGGGGUCAAGCUGGAGAGCCCCGGCCCAGACGCCCAGAUGAUUAUUAACCCUUUCCAGCUGGACCCCAAUACGGCUACUGCACUCAGCUCUGGGCUAGUGAAUAAUGACUUGUCUGCGGAGCUGCGUCUGGCCAGUGGUCAGCUGAUGGCUGACGACCUGUCAGUCCUCUCCUGCGGCAGUGGCGAGCUCUCCCCACCCAUCAGCGACCCAUCAGUCCACAUCUACCAGUGUUCCAUCUGCAGCCGCUUCACCUCCGACAGCCUGGAGGUGCUGGGCGCCCACGUCAACGCGGAACGCACCCUGCCUGAGGACGAGUGGCGUGGCAUUGUGGGAGAUGUGUACCAGUGCAAGCUGUGCACCUAUAACACCCAGCUCAAGGCCAACUUCCAGCUGCACUGUAAGACAGACAAACACAUGCAGAAGCAUCAGCUGGUGGCGCACAUCAAGGAGGGAGGGAAAGCUAACCAGUGGAGGUUGAAGUGCGUCGCCAUCGGCAACCCCGUGCAUCUGAAGUGCAACGCGUGCGACUACUACAGCAACAGUGUGGAUAAACUGCGGCUGCACGCCACCAACCAAAGACACGAGGCUGCCAUUAGGCUGUACAAGCACUUGCAGAAGCAGGAGAUCGCGUGUGGCAGUGAGCAGUGUGUGUACUACUGUGCCCUGUGUGACUACUCCACCAAGGCCUGUCUGAACCUGGUGCAGCACGCUCGCUCCCCGCGCCACCAGCAGAACGAGGGGCUGAGGAAGCUACAGCUCCACCAGCAGGGACUGGGAGGAGAGGAGGAUGGUCUGAGUCUACACCAACUUUACCAUGUUAAAGACUGCCCUAAACAACAAGAAGUUCCAUGUGAUGACGAAGACGCUCUGCCUCCUCGCUCUUCCUCCAGGCCUGGCAUUAAUGACAGUGAGCAGGCUGACAGACAACACAGAGUGAACUCUCUGUCUAAAGAGUCUCCUGGAUCCAACACUGUGGGAAAAUGUUCCAUGCUCCUAGAGAGACAGAAUGACAGCCCGCCCAAAAGGCCCAAGUCUGCAGAGGGGAAGACCAGCGCUAGUGAGCAGCAGCUGCAGCAGUGCCCCUACUGUAACUACAGGAGUAAAGAUGCCAACAGGUUACAGCUCCACGUGGUAUCCCAGCAUUCCAUGCAGCAGCCGGUGAUCUGCUGCCCACUGUGCCAGGACGUCCUCAGCAACAAGAUCCACCUGCAGCUCCACCUCACACACCUGCACAGCGUGGCUCCAGACUGCGUUGACAAACUACUCAUGACUGUGGCUGGGCCUGAUGUGAUGGUGCCCAAUAGCAUGAUGUAUCCUUCACCUGGACAAGACAACGCUUUGUCUCUGAUGGAAGCUUCUGCAACCCUCUCUGAGACGUCUGGAAAGCCCACAGGGAACAGAUCCAAGGACCAGAUGAACAGCACAGGCCAAGACAAAAGUGAAGUAGACCUUCUACGAGAGGAACUCAAACCCCCCAAGGAGGGGUCUGAAGCUCCAGACUGGAAGACGUCUGGGGGGGUUGGGCAGGAUCGAAAGAGUCCUGACUCCCUCCAGGAUCAUCUGAACGACCUCCAGAGACGCCAGCAGCAACAGCUCUCAGUCUCUGACCGCCACAUCUACAAAUACCGCUGCAACCACUGCAGCCUGGCCUUCAAGACCAUGCAGAAGCUGCAGAUACAUUCCCAGUAUCAUGCCAUCCGGGCGGCCACCAUGUGCAGUCUCUGCCAACGCAGCUUCCGGACAUUCUUGGCGCUCCAGAAGCACCUGGAGAAUGGACAUCCGGAGCUGAGCGAAGCCGAGGUCCAACAGCUCUGCGGCAGCCUGCCGGUAAACGGAGACUUCGUCCCUGAGAGCGAGGCCAGGGCCUACGAGGAGGCACAUCAGGCCUUUGAACAGGAAAUGGAUAAAGAUGAUGAGCUGGACCUGGAAGAAAAGGCCAGCUCAACAGGAAGUGACAGUAGCUUGUUGCUAGAUGACAUGGGAGCUGAAACAAAGCGAACCCUCCCAUUUAGAAAAGGCCCCAACUUCACCAUGGAGAAGUUCCUGGACCCGUCCCGGCCAUACAAGUGCACGGUCUGCAAGGAGUCCUUCACCCAGAAGAACAUCCUUCUGGUCCAUUACAACUCCGUCUCUCACCUGCACAAGCUGAAGAAAGUUCUCCAGGAGGCCUCCAGCCCGGUUUCCCCUGAGACCAAUAACAAUGCAGACAACAAACCAUUCAAAUGCAAUAUCUGCAACGUCGCCUACAGCCAAAGCUCAACCCUAGAGAUCCACAUGAGGUCUGUGUUGCAUCAUACCAAAGUCAGAACUGCCAAAACCGAGACAAGCAGCAGCAGCAGCUGUACAGGGAUUGGGAACCCUAGUGGCAUGGCUCCAUCCAGCAUCCCAGUCCCAACCGGACAAGGCAACAAUGCCAACUCAGAAACUGCUAGAAGCGUGAUGCCAUUGGUUAACAAAGAAAACACUGUAGAUGCCAAAGAAGCCAACAACAGCAACAACGCAAAGCACACUACUGAUCAUGUCUCUGCACUGCAAAGCCAUCAGAAUGCUCAGUCCCAAGCUCAACUACAGAUGCAGCUCCAACACGAGCUCCAGCAGCAGGCUGCCUUUUUCCAGCCCCAAUUCCUCAACCCGGCUUUUUACCCCCAGUUCGGCAUGACCCCAGAGGCUCUGCUUCAGUUCCAGCAGCCACAGUUCCUUUUCCCCUUCUACAUCCCAGGGGCAGAAUUCAACCUGAGCCCAGAGCUGGCUCUUCACUCAGCCACCGCCUUCGGGAUGCCGGGCUUGACUGGUUCUUUCCUGGAAGACCUGAAGCAGCAGAUGCAGCAGCAACACCAGCUACAGCAGGAUCAGGCUCAACAGCAGCAACAACAGCAGCAGCAGCAGCAACAAGCAUCCCAGUUGCAGCUCCAGCAGCAGAAAAAGCAGCAACCGCAGAGCCACAAGCCCAAAAUGGAGCCCAAUGCUGUGUCUGACAUACAUAUGUCCAGAGAGUCAGAGGAGCAUCUGGAAAAACAGGAGAGCAAAGCCAAGAUGGAGAAUGGAGCGGAUGGAGUCAGUGAGGGAGGAAAGGACAAAAAAGACAAAAAGUCAAAGUUUCCUGAGCCGCUGAUUCCUCCUCCACGUAUCGUGUCAGGAGCCAGAGGAAAUGCAGCCAAGGCCCUUCUGGAGAACUUUGGAUUUGAGCUGGUCAUCCAGUACAACGAGAACAGGCAGAAAAACCAGAAGAAAAACAGAGAAGGAGAAGAACAAAAACAACAACCACAACAACAACAACUGGAGAUCAAUAACGGCAAGCUGGAAUGUGGGAUGUGUGGAAAGCUCUUCUCCAACAUGCUUAUUCUCAAAAGCCACCAAGAGCACAUCCAUGGACAGUUCUUUCCUUAUGGAGAGCUGGAGAAGUUUGCCCAGCAGUACCGAGAGGCCUACGACAAGCUCUACCCCAUCAACCCCCCUUCCCCUGAGACUCCCCCACCACUGCCUCUCCUUCCUCCUCCCUCACCAGUCCCAGUGACCACCCAGCAGCCUCCCUGCACCUCCACGAACAAGCCCCAGAUCAAGGCCCCAUCCCCUGCCCCAAACCAGGCCCCGCAGACCCAGCCACCACCCCCACCUCCCCCUCCUCCACCACCCUCCGCAUCCCCACAGGUGCAGCCUUCCAUCCCACUAGAUUUCUCCCUCUUCCCCCCUCUGUUGAUGCAGUCCAUCCAGCACCAAGGGCUACACCCUCAACUCACCCUGCAGCUGCCUACAAUGGACUCCCUGUCCUCGGAUCUCACCCAGCUUUGUCAGCAGCAGCUAGGUCUCGAUCCAAACUUCUUGAGGCAGUCACAGUUCAAGCGCCCUCGAACCCGUAUCACAGACGACCAGCUCAAGGUCCUCAGAGCACACUUUGACAUCAACAACUCGCCCACUGAGGAGCAGAUUCAGGAGAUGGCUGAUAUGUCCAGCCUCCCCCAGAAAGUAAUCAAGCACUGGUUCCGUAACACCCUCUUCAAAGAGAGGCAGCGAAACAAAGACUCUCCUUACAACUUCAACAUUCCACCUAUUACCACGUUGGAGGAUAUUAGGCUGGAGUCCCAGUACAGUACACUGGAGUACUACAGGACUGAUGCCACCAUGAACAAACGGUCCUCCAGGACAAGGUUCACUGACUACCAACUGAGGGUCCUACAGGACUUCUUCGACACAAAUGCUUACCCGAAAGAUGAUGAGAUUGAGCAGCUGUCCACCGUGCUCAACCUGCCGUCAAGGGUCAUUGUGGUGUGGUUCCAAAACGCCCGCCAGAAGGCCCGGAAGAGCUACGAGAACCAGGCAGAUGCUAAAGAAAAUGAGAAGAAAGAACUGACGAAUGAGCGCUACAUCCGCACCAGCAAUAUGCAGUACGAGUGCAAGAAAUGUAGUGUGGUGUUCCCACGAAUCUUCGACCUGAUCACCCACCAGAAGAAAACAUGCUACAAGGACGAGGAUGAGGAAGGGAAUGAGGACAACCAGUCUGAGGAGUACAUGGAUAUAGGAGAACCAUGCCCAGCCAAGCACCCUGAGUCAUCCAAGCAUCACCAUGGAACAGCCACUAGCUCAGGCUCCAGUUCACCUCUGAUGCCCUCCCCUCACUCCAACCUGGAAAAGAUAUCCCACAAGCCUGAACCGCCCUCUGAGCCCAAGCCUAAAGAGCCAGAACCUGCACCUUCUCCAGUUAUGAUAAAGUCUCUACCGGACCCCAGACCCUCCAAGGCCUCCACCCCUCAGCCACCCCCUCAGAAGACCCUCCAGCCCCAGAUGUCCAGACCCCACACCCAGCCUCAGUCAGCCACCAUCCCCUCUAGCCCACUCUCUCUGGCCCUUUCCUCCCUCACCAACAGCCUCUCUCCCCAGAUGCUCCAAUACCAGUGUGACCAGUGCAAGAUAGCCUUCCCAAGCAUUGAGCUAUGGCAGGAGCACCAACAUAUGCAUUUCCUGGCAGCCCAGAACCAGUUCCUCCAUUCCCAGUUCCUGGAAAGGCCCAUGGACAUGCCCUAUCUGAUCUUCGACCCCAAUAACCCUCUGAUGACUAGCCAGUUUCUGUCUGGAGGACUCCAGAUGCCAACUCAAAGCAGCUCUGGUUUGUCCUCGGGUCCCUGCUCUGGCUCCAUGAAGAGAAAACUAGAUGAGAAAGAGGAUGGAUCCAUUGAAAAAGAUAACGGAAACAUGACUGAAGAACAGCACAGAGACAAACGUCUCAGAACUACCAUCACCCCAGAACAACUAGAGAUCCUCUAUGACAAAUACUUGCUGGACUCCAACCCCACGAGGAAGAUGCUGGAUCACAUUGCCCGUGAGGUCGGCCUGAAGAAGAGAGUGGUGCAGGUGUGGUUUCAGAACACACGUGCCCGAGAGAGGAAGGGACAGUUCAGAGCAUUGGGGGCCUCCCAGUCACAUAAGAAAUGUCCUUUUUGCCGGGCGCUGUUCAAGGCCAAGUCAGCUUUGGACAGCCAUAUCCACUCUAGACACUGGCAUGAAGCCAAACAGGCAGGGUUUAGUCUGCCCAAUAGCCCAAUGAUGAACCAAGAUGAUGGAGGUGAGAGCCCACACAAGUACAACUUCUUUGAGUUCCCGCAGCUGCCCACCAAGAUUGAGCCGAAUGAGUACGAGCUGCCCGCAGCUUCCUCAACACCUGUCAAACAAUCUGAGGCACAGUUAAAAAACUUAAUGAGCCCUUCAUCCGUAAAAGCAGAAAACUGUGAUGAUUCUGAAGGGCUUAACAUUAAUUCUGCAGAGGGCUCAUCCUACAACAUCAACAACAAAAUGGACUUUGACGAGACCUCGUCCAUCAACACAGCCAUAAGUGACGCCACCACUGGAGAUGAGGGCAACAACAAUGAGCUGGAGAGCCUCAUGGCCAACGGAGGGGACAAGCUGGCGUGCGACAGCAAGAGCAACCUUGCCCAGAGCUCAGACGGUGGCGACGACCGCUUCCCCUUCAGUAUGGUGAGCCCCUCCCUCAGCUACUCCGGCAAGGACGGAGACUCCUGCUCCUACUCUUACUCCUACUACAGCUCCAGAGAUGACGACAUGGAUGACAACAACGACCAGAGCGAGACCUCCAGCCUGACCGACCCCAGCUCCCCCAGCCCCUUCGGAAGUGGAAACCCCUUCAGGUCUGGGAAGGGCAGCGGCAGUGGUGGGGAGAGACCAGGCCACAAGCGCUUCAGGACUCAGAUGAGCAACCUUCAGCUGAAAGUCCUCAAGGCCUGUUUCAGUGACUACCGCACCCCCACCAUGCAGGAGUGUGAGAUGCUGGGCAGUGAGAUGGGCCUCCCCAAGCGUGUGGUGCAGGUAUGGUUCCAGAAUGCCCGCGCCAAGGAAAAGAAGUUCAAAAUCAAUAUUGGAAAGCCAUUCAUGAUCAGUCAAGGCGGGCCGGACGGGCCCCAGCCGGAGUGUACUUUGUGUAAUGUGAAGUACACUGCCCGGAUGUCCAUCCGCGACCACAUCUUCUCCAAACAGCACAUCGCUAAAGUGCAGGAGACCCUGGUCAACCAGGUGGACAGAGAGAAGGACUACCUAGCACCCACCACGGUCCGCCAGCUGAUGGCUCAGCAGGAGAUGGAUCGUCUGAAGAAGGCUGGGAGCGACGGGCUCAGCAAUCUGGCUGCCCAGCACCUUCAGACUGCAGUGAACCACAACAAUGCACUUCAUGGCCUCAGCCUGCCCUCAGGCUAUCCCGGGAUCUCUGGCCUUCCGCCGGUACUACUUCCUGGGGUCACCGGGCCAUCCUCACUUCCUAUUUACCCACCCAACACACCUGCUUUAGCAUCUCCCGGUGCUGGCAUGCUUGGAUUCCCGAACCCAGCCACCCCCUCUCCUGCCAUGUCUCUGAGCACUACCCCAAACAAGAAUCUUCUGCAGACUCCUCCUCCUCCUCCACCUCUUCCUCCUGUUUCCUCUACCCCUCUGACUUCAACAAACCACAUUGAGCAGCACAGCAAAUACCAAGAAAGAGAGAGCAACAACACAGCAGCAGCAGCAGCAGCAGCAGCAGCAAGAAACCUGCGGAGAAGCCGCACCACCAGAAGAAGGCCAAGGAAAGAGAAGUGGAGAACGGCGGCCGUCUACAGACCCCCAACGUCAGCAACAACAAAAAGAGGGAGAAGCCGUCUCCGGCCUCGGGCAAACCAGGACGUGAGGGUCAUCUGGAUGCCGCUCAACUACAGGCUCUUCAGAAUGCCCUGACGG